GUUGUUGACGCGAUGACGUGUACGCAUGCGCAUCCGGCCCAUUCUUGCUGCAUAUUCUGAGCUGAUCUAUUAUAAAAACUGCCCUCACGUGCGCCUGUCGUCACUGAUCAAACGGGGCCUCGCGGCUGCUCCUCUUCUCGAACGGCGCGCGGCGGAGCUGGGACUGAUUUACGGCGUUUCCCGGUGGAUCCGGAACCAUGACGAGUCCGAACGACCUGAAAUUCGAGGAACUGGAGGAGGCGGCGCAGCUGCUGUCAGCCGACCCAACUGCCUCCACCCUCAGCAUGUCCGUGCCCCCCACCACCCCUGCUGGGGGGGGGGACGUGAAGCUGGAUCUGUCGGAGGAUGAGCAGGCUCAGGAGGAGAGCGCGGAGCUCCUAGGAGGGCAGAAGCAGGGCGGGGGCUUCUGGACCUUCGAGUACUAUCAGUCCUUCUUCAACGUGGACACCAUGCAGGUUCUAGAGCGGGUGAGGGGCGCCGUUAUGCCCGUACCUGGAAGAAGUUUCCUCAAACACCACGUCAGGACCGGCCCGGACCUGUACGGCCCCUUCUGGAUCUGCGUGACGCUGGUCUUCUCCAUGGCCAUCAGCGGGAACGUCUCCACCUUCCUGAGUCAGACGGGGAACCCGGAGUACCACUACAGGCCUCAGUUCCACAGAGUCACCAUUGCUGCUGCCGUCAUCUUCAUGUACGCCUGGCUGGUGCCAGUGGCUCUGUGGGCCUUUCUGACCUGGAGGAGGGGUGCAGAGCGGCAGAUUGGGGGGUACUCCUUCCUAGAGACUGUGUGUGUCUACGGUUACUCCCUCUUCAUCUACAUCCCAACAUCGGUUCUGUGGAGCAUUCCGGUUCAGUGGCUUCAGUGGGUUCUGGUUCUGGUCUCUAUGGGGGUUUCUGGAUCCGUCCUGGUCCUGACCUUUUGGCCCGUUGUCCGUGACGACACCAAAGUUAUGGCAGCAGCAACACUGGCAACCAUCCUGGUUCUGCACACACUGCUGGCAGUCGGCUGCAAGCUGUACUUCUUCCAGGCCUCAGAGAAGGGGGCUCCAUGGCCCACAUCACAGCCGGUCCAGGCGUCUGCCACCACCCCCACCGUCUGAGCUGCUCCUCAUCUCUGCUUCAGCUAAACAUCCGUUGGUGCAGCAGCAGAAUGUGAAGUUUCCAGGCGUGGCUGGGAUUUGGUCCUGAUAUUUCCCUUAAGUUAUUUCAGACAGGAAGAAGCUGGACUGGCCGGUCUUCUUCAUCCAAAGUGGAUUCUUUGCUGCUGAAUAAAGACUCCUAACUCCGGU